AUGGGGGCAACCAUGGUAAAACCUUUGGUUAAAAAUGGAAAUCUGUUAGACGCAUUGCCUUCGCAGGCAACCCUCCAUGUAGUAAUGUUAGGCCUGGAUUCUGCGGGGAAAACUACUGCAUUAUACAGACUUAAGUUCGAUCAGUAUUUAAAUACUGUACCGACUAUUGGAUUUAAUUGUGAAAAAGUACAAGGUACUAUUGGUAAGGCAAAAGGAGUUCACUUUCUAGUUUGGGAUGUAGGAGGUCAAGAAAAAUUACGACCUCUUUGGAGAAGCUAUACACGCUGCACCGAUGGCAUUUUGUUCGUUAUCGAUUCGGUCGAUACAGAACGAAUGGAAGAAGCAAAAAUGGAGUUAAUGCGUACCGCUAAAUGUCCUGAUAAUCAGGGUGUUCCCGUGCUGAUAUUAGCAAAUAAGCAAGAUCUUCCAAACGCGUGCGGUGCAAUUGAGCUGGAAAAACUUUUAGGACUGAACGAGCUUUAUAACCCAGUGCCGAAUAUAUCGAUGCUAACUAGUUCCGACUCUUCUUCCACCAUCAAUUUAAUCGGCUGUAGCAAGUCAAACCAAAGUAUUACAGAAACCUCGUUAACAGAGCAAAGAGCGAGUCACCUGCAGUCAUCAAUGAUUCACAUAAAUCCUGCUCUUGAAAGUGACGAUCAAAAAACUACGUUAAGCGGAGAGGCGUUGUCUACAUUCAUAUAUCCACAUUGUGGCAAAGAUUCUGAUGUAAAGGACCAAAAAAAUCAGCGUGACGGUAAAAACUGUUUUCAUAACAAAAAACAUAACAGGGCCUCUUCCAACUCAGUGCACUUUAGAGGGUGGUAUAUACAACCGACCUGUGCUAUAACUGGCGAGGGACUUCAAGAAGGCCUGGAAGCUCUAUAUGAUAUGAUUUUAAAACGCCGGAAACUAAAUAAAUCUCAUAAGAAAAAACUGUAGCAUUAUUAAUCGAAUGUGCCUGACAGUUUUUUAAAUUUUCUUCAUUUUAGCACAAUUACUUAAAUAAAUUAAAAACACAA